UCUGCGAUUAAAGUAAAAUGCGCCAUUUUAAUGCUUCCAGUCAACCGGGAAAAUGGCGGUCCUACCUAAUUUACUGUUUUGAAGUUGUAUAGCUAGAUAACGUUAAUGUUAUUUAAUAUUUUUGUCAUAGAACAUCGCCCGAGAGAACUUUAGGAAUACUACCUCUGGAGAAAGACGCCGUGCCCUUCAGGGUGCCUUAAAUCGACAAGAAAUGACCGCAGAGAUUUGCAGUGCCAACAAGCUGACUCUGUUGGUGACGAAGCUUCAUGAGUUCUUGGCUCAUUCUGAAGAGGACAGUCAUGUGCCUCCUGUUCCUGAAAUCUCACAGGGUACAGUUGUCCUUGAUCCUGUUGAUUUGCACAUUGUAGAUCAUGUCAUUCAAGAGCCAACUGGCUUGAAUGACUCUGUGAAGCCAGCGUCCUCACGCUCAAAGAGAAAGCCUUCCGUUGUCACCAAGCACACUGGAUUAGAUGAAUCGGAUGCUUCAGAUGAGAGCGGUAAUGAAGAUGCAGUAUCCAACGAUGGCUCGGACCGCGAUCUUGACGUGAACAGUCUUCCAAAAGGCACUGUGGUUGUAAGGCCAGAGCCUGUGGGAAAUGAAAUCAAGGAUGACUUUCGAGGUCCAGAGUUUCGCUGCAGGGGGUCCACCAAACUCAAAACAGAAUUAUCACGAAAACGAGGAGGUCAGCAUUUACAGAUCGUCAGCUGCACUGCCUGUGGACAGCAAGUCAACCAUUUCCAGAAGGACUCUUUCUACCAGCAUCCUGUACUCAAAGUCUUGAUUUGUAAGUCAUGUUUCAAAUAUUAUAUGAGUGAUGACAUCAGCAAGGAUGCAGACGGCAUGGAUGAACAAUGCAGAUGGUGUGCUGAAGGGGGAAACUUAAUCUGCUGCGACUUCUGUAGCAAUGCCUUCUGCAAGAAAUGCAUCCUGCGGAACCUGGGGCGGAAAGAGUUGUCCGGUAUCAUGGACGAGGAGAGCAAGUGGUACUGCUACGUGUGCAGCCCGGAGCCCCUGCUUGACCUGGUGAUGACCUGUGACACUGUGCUUCAGAACUUUGAGCGCCUCUGGAAUCAGCAGCCGAAGCGGGCUAAAGGAGAGCACGACAAGGCAGGCCAAGAUCACAGUGCUCACAAACUCUUGAAAAAGGUCAAAACCACUUUCAAUGGGAAGGAUCACCCUUCCGACGGUCUUGAAUGCAGAACAGUAGUUUUUACUUACCAAUCCUUGAGUAUACCAAAAGAACUGGUUAAAAAGGCUAAAAAGCUUGUAGAAACCACAACAGCCCUGAAUAACACUUUUAUCAAGUUCAUACAGCAGGACUCGGAGGACAAAGGGAACCGUAUUGUAAACCUUCGACACUUGAGGGCCUUCAGGUCAGUGUUGGCAGAUCUGAAAACAGCUCAUACUGUCCUGGAGAAGGCUUUAGAGGAGGAACUCAAGGAUGUGCUGCAGGACACAGAGGAGAACGAGUGUGACAUCAGCACUGGCGGGCUGUCGCAGCAGGAACAAGAUGGGGACGUGUUUACCGAUGCACUAAGUGAGCAUGUUGAAAACAUGCAUUUCAUGGAAAAUGCUGAUGAUGAUAGCAGAGACUCUUCAGUAGAGUUUACUCCUUCAAAUGAUGUGGAGAUGAAGGAAGUCCACCAGCUCUCAGAUGAACUCAAAGCCAAAAACAAGACGACUAAAGACUCCCAUUGUAACAUUGAGGGAAAACAGGUGUCCGAAAUGGCUAUGGUUGAGCACCCUGAAGCUGAUGAAACGUUUGGAAUGACCCAUUCCUCCGUUGGCACACACAGAAGAGUGCCCAGCCCAGCCAGAGCCCAGAAGUCUACCGGCAGCACGUCACCGCAUUCCAGACAGAGUCCUAUCAUGAUGACUAAGGAACUGGUGGUAAAGCUGACACCCAUGUCACUUAAAGAGCCUCUGUGUCUCCAGUGGAAAGAGGAGGGAGAAAAUAAAGGUGGAGAGGAAGAGAAGGAGCCAACGGUGCCUUCUGUACGGGAGUCUGAGGAAACGGUUAUCUUAGAUGAUGAUCUAGAGAACAGACGUUCACCCAGGGUGAAAACCACACCCCUGCGAAGGCAGGCCGAGAGUAAGUGUAAGCCGGUCUUACCUCCCAACACUCAGUGCGAGUCCACUGAGGCCGAAACCUCCAACGCUUUAGAUGGGGAGGAACCUCUGGAAGAUAAAGGAGACGUCAGCAGCAGGAUGGAGGACUCGGACUCUGAUGAAGUUCCUGCCAUCCUCCUUCAGGCAGCCGCCAUGAUGCCAAGCUCAGGUGAGUCAGAGAGUGGAGGUGAAGCUUCCCCCCAAAGCGUCAAGAAGCAGUGCCUUUUUGGGCUGAAGAAGGAUGCCUCUCCGUCUCCGGAAAAGGUGGCCAUUGCACAGAGGAUAAAGACACGGCCCUCCAAACAUAGUUGUAAGAAGGUACUGACCAGGAAAAGCAUCCAGAAAAGGAGGCAAAGUGGUUCUGACUCCACCAGUGGUGAUUCAGACCUGGAGAAGGAGAUUACAAACCUGAGCAGUCUUGGAGCCACUAAGAGAAGGCCUCACAAGCCAAAGAAACCAAAGAGUGAGGUAGAAGAGUUUGAUGAAGAUGAUGGGGAGGAAGAAAUGAGUACAAAUAAGGUUACUGGUGAAAAUAGGAUCUCAACAUCUAAGCCAGUAAGCAGGCUACGAAAAGACAACAGGACUGAAGAACAGUCGUCCUCUGGUGAGGAGGAAGGCCAAGAUGCCUACUCAGGAGAUGACAGCGAUGAUCAGAAGAUGAAACCCAUCACUGAGAUGGCUGUGCUGGGAGCAGGGUCUUUCCUGCAGUCUUCAGGAGAGGAGGUUGACAUGACACCUGGUCCCAGGGCAGCAGCCGAUGACGAUGACGACGACCCAGAGAAUAGAAUCGCUAGGAAAAUGCUCUUGGCUCAAAUAAAAGCAAACUACUCUUCUGGGGAGGACAUCUCUACAGACGACGAGGAAUCGGAGGAGGAGGAAGAGGAAGUGAAAUUGAAAUCGGGGAAUGAGAAUGAGGAUAACGGAGAGGACGAGGACGAGGAGCCCGAUUCGGAGCGGGACUCCGACGGAGGAGUGAAGACCCGGCGCAGGCACCGCCUGCUCCGCUACCAGCUGUUGCCGAGCGACGGGCAGCCGGAAGGGCAGAAAGCCGCCACUCAGAGCAAGGAGGAAACCAACAGGGCGGCGAAGAGAACGGCAAGUAGUGAUAAUUCUGCCACCUCGGACAGUCAGGAAUCAGCCAUGAGUGAGGAACUCAGUGACUCUGAGGAGGGCGAUGAAGGGACGAAGACAAGAUCUUCAAAGAACCCUGAAGAAAAUGAGGGUAGGUCCUACCAGAAGAAGCGGAAACGUGACCUGCAGGGCUCCGUCAGCAGCGGAAAGAGUAGUUGUGAUGAUGACGACGGUGAAGACGCAGACAGCGAAGCUGCCCUCAAGAGUCGCAAGAAGAUCCGCAGGAUAAUCAACGAUGACAACCUGAGGUCAGAGACCCAAAACGCCGUGAAAGAGGAGGAAGACCGAAGGAAACGGGUUACCGAGAGAGAGCAGCAGAGGGAACAUCUACGAGAGGUCAUUGUUAUCGAUGACACGUCUCCUGAGCCUUGCGCCUUAACCACCAAGCUGGUGCUGGAAAUGGACGAGGAGACAAACCAGCCUGUGGUCCAGGUGCACAGGAACCUGCUGACUAAGCUGAAGCCGCACCAAGUGGAUGGAGUGCAGUUCAUUUGGGACUGCUGCUGUGAGUCUGUGCAGAAGAUACAGACGUCCCCUGGAUCUGGGUGCAUCCUGGCGCAUUGCAUGGGCUUGGGAAAGACGCUACAGGUGGUGACAUUCCUCCACACCAUGCUGACGUGUGCAAAGCUGAAAUUCAAGACUGCUUUGGUGGUGUGUCCGCUCAACACUGUCCUCAACUGGGUCAAUGAGUUUUCAAAAUGGCAGAAAGGCAUGAAGUCUGAUGAGAUCGUACAGGUGUCUGAGUUGGCCACAAUGAGGGGUACUCAGGAGCGCUGCAGAGCCCUGGAGAGCUGGCAUCGGCGUGGGGGCGUCAUGAUCAUCGGAUAUGAGAUGUACCGCAACCUCACGCAGGGCCGCAGCGUCAAGGUCCCCAAUCUCAAGGAUGGCUUCCAGAAGACUCUAGUCGAGCCAGGUCCUGAUUUUGUCAUCUGUGAUGAGGGCCACAUCCUGAAGAAUGCGGCCUCUGCCAUAUCCAAAGCAAUGAACUCCAUCAGCACGAGGAGAAGGGUAGUGUUAACUGGAACUCCAUUGCAGAACAGUCUCAAUGAGUAUCACUGCAUGGUAAGUUUUAUUAAGGAAAACUUGCUCGGUUCCAUCAAGGAGUUCCGGAACCGCUUCAUGAACCCCAUCCAGAACGGUCGCUGUGCGGACUCCACACCCGCUGAUGUCCGUCUCAUGAAGAAACGCGCCCACAUCCUGUAUGAGAUGUUGGCCGGGUGUGUCCAGAGAAAAGAUUAUUCAGCUCUGAGAAAAUUCUUGCCACCUAAACAUGAGUAUGUGCUGGCAGUAAGACUGACACCUGUCCAGGUGAAACUGUAUAGACACUACUUGGAGCAUUUCACAGGUGAGGGUGGUGGAGGGAGAGGCCGAUCUGGGACCAAACUCUUCCAGGAUUUCCAGGUGCUCAGCCGAAUCUGGACCCAUCCUUGGUGCCUUCAGUUGGACUACAUCAAAAAGGGAAACAUGGGUUACCUUAAUGAGGACGAUAUGGAAAAAGUAACAUCUGACAGAGAUGACUGCGCAGUCAGCCUGAGCUCUGAGGAUGAGAAAGAGAAGGGAGAGCAGACAAGGGCUCCGGGUGAGCUGGGGACCUCAGGCAAUCCGGAUAGUGAUGGCGGAGAAGUGAUAAAGCUGUGGAGCUCCUUCUGGAGAGGAAGGGCGAAAGAGAGAUCUAGACAAGCGAGUCCUGUAGAAGAUGGGAAAGCGACCUCCAGUUCAGGCCAUGGAAGUAUUUCUCCUGGCUGGUACAAGAACUUUGUGACUGAAGAUGAUGCUACAGUACUGCAACACUCUGGAAAGUUGGUGCUUCUGUUUGAGAUCCUCCAUAUGGCAGAAGAAAUGGGAGACAAAGUGCUGGUGUUUAGUCAGUCUCUGAUCUCAUUAGACUUGAUUGAAGACUUCCUGGAGCUGGCUAACCGUGCUAAAAAGGAAGGGAAGCCCUCUCCAUAUAAAGGAAAGGGGAAAUGGUUAAAAAAUGUGGACUACUUCCGUCUGGAUGGUUCCACCAGUGCUUUGACCCGGAAGAAGUGGGCUGAAUCGUUCAAUAACCCCAGGAAGUUCCGGGGUCGCUUAUUUCUCAUCUCCACAAGAGCUGGAUCUCUUGGGAUCAACCUGGUUGCAGCCAACAGGGUCAUUAUUUUUGAUGCCUCCUGGAACCCCUCUUAUGACAUUCAGAGCAUCUUUAGAGUAUAUCGCUUUGGGCAGGAGAAGCCUGCAUUCGUCUACAGAUUUCUUGCUCAGGGGACCAUGGAGGAGAAAAUCUAUGACCGACAGGUGACCAAACUGUCGCUGUCUUUCCGAGUGGUGGACCAGCAGCAGAUUGAACGCCACUUUACCAUGAACGAGCUGACUGAGCUGUACACGUUUGAGCCCGACCAGCUGGAUGACCCCACCUCGGAGAAGAAGAAAAAGAGAGCCACCCCCAUGCUUCCAAAGGAUCCCAUUCUGGCAAACCUACUUCACAGUUCUAAAGAACAGAUCGUGAGCUACCACGAGCACGACUCCCUCCUGGAUCACAAGGAGGAAGAGGCCCUAAGUGAGGAGGACCGCAAGGCUGCCUGGGUGGAAUACGAGGCCGAGAAGAAGGGUCUGUCAGUUCCUCUGAACCAGCCCUCUCAUUCUACUGGAAGCUCAGAGGGCUUUGACACAUAUCUGAAUGGUCUGUCUGGCAUGACCGACCCUCAGCUAGAGAAACUCAUCAGUCAAGGACGGCAGAAGAUGUUGGAGUGCUCCAAGGCACUGAAUUCCAUACCAAGGCUGACCUUGAAGGAAAGCUUUGAAAAAGUUGAGAAGGAAUACCCCACAAUGAGCAAAGAGAAUGUGUUUGUUUUGGCUCACCGCCGCCACAACAUCAUUCAAGAUAAGCUGAAGCACUGGGAGGCCGUCUACCAGGACACCCUCAGAAAGCAUCAGGCGCGGCUUGCAUACGUCCAGAAGGUCAUAAGGAACAUGAAGCCGCAGGAGCGACAGAUCGGCAAGGCCUACGAGGCGAAUGCCGUCCGUCGGGGGCUCUCGAAGGACGAGGCGGAGAAGGCGGUGAAGGCGGUGGCCAACGGCCCGAGCGAAGCGAACACUCUCAGUCCGUACCAGCAGCCAGGGCGUGGCCCUGCACGCCAAACUCAGCUGAAUGAGGGCUCUCCUUCCACGUCCUCUGUGACAUCAUAAAACAUCCAUCAUUUUGAAAUGGUUUUGGGAAGCUCAAAAUUCACAACAGCCAAAAAAACAUUUGAAGUGAAAGCUGCUAGUACUAUAGACCCAGGUUCGCAGAAAAAUGUAUCUGUGAUCCAAUGGAUUACUACAUGAUGGUUAACGGUACAUUAAGUUCCUAAAUUCUUCUGGAAAAUUAUCUUUAAUCUGUUGAGCAAGAAGUUCCUUAAUAUCUGGAAACAUGAAAAUUUUCUGUAUCCCUAUGUACAAUUUUUUCUAGUGACCUAGAGUUAUUUUCAAGUUAUUGCUCUUCACAAUUAAUUCAUGUUUUCAGAUUCUCGCUUGAGUUACUGGACAAUUUUUAAUCUUGAGAUGGUAUUGUAAAGCAUCGCACACAAUAUUUUCUUUAUUUUAAUUCCAGUGUUUGCUCUCCAGAUUGGCCACUGUUGCUUUUUGUACUGAUAUAUUGUCACUGAAAUGUCACUGAUUUCAGUAGGCCGUUUAUUUUGAAGAAUGUGGUUCUGUAAAGAACUGUUCCUGAGAAUGUAAUGAGUCUUUUUUGCAUUUACCUGAACUAAUGAUGUUUUUUAUAUCACAUUUAAUAAAUUAACUUUUGAUUGUUUCUUUA